AUGGGGAGAGCUGCGCCUUCCCGCGCCGCCGGGGCUGAGCUGCCGCGCCGCUGCGGGCCGCGCCGCCCGUCGCUCGCCGCCCUCGGCUUCCUCGCAGUGCUGGGGCUGCUGCUGGGCUCAGGUGACUGCCAGCUGCAAACACCUUGUCGAAUCCAGAAGUGCACCACCGAUUUUGUAUCCUUAACUUCACAUCUAAACUCAGCUCUUGAGGGCUUUGAUUUGGAGUUCUGCAAAGCCCUGCGAGCGUACUCUGCCUGUACCUAUCGUAAUUCCAAAGUAUGUCGUGGAAACCUAGUCUACCAUUCUGCAGUGCUUGGGAUCAGCGACCUCAUGAGCCAGAGAAACUGUUCCAAAGAUGGACCCACAUCCUCCACCAACCCUGAAGUGACCCAUGAUCCCUGCAAUUACAUUGGCCACACAGAAGCCAGAGAACAUCAGGGAGAGGAGAAGACUCUUCCUCCUACUUACCUGUUUUGUGGCUUGUUUGGUGAUCCUCAUCUGAGGACUUUUAAGGAUCACUUUCAGACAUGCAAAGUGGAAGGUGCUUGGCCCCUCAUAGACAAUAACUACUUAUCAGUGCAAGUGACCAACGUGCCUGUGGUCCCAGGAUCCAGCGCUACUGCUACAAAUAAGAUAACUAUUAUCUUUAAAUCGUACCAAGACUGUACAGAUCAGAGAGUAUAUCAAGCAGUGACUGAUGACUUGCCUGCAGCUUUUGUUGAUGGUACAACAAGUGGAGGUGAAGGGAACACCAAGAGCUUGCAAAUUGUGGAGAAAGUCAGUGGCAAAUACGUUGAAAUGCAUGCCAAGUACAUUGGGACCACGGUGUAUAUACGCCAGCUUGGGAACUACUUAACAUUGGCCAUUCGCAUGCCUCAAGAGUUGGUCAUGGCCUACGAGGAGAGCCAGGAUCUGCAGCUGUGUGUGAACGGUUGCCCUUCAAGUGAACGUAUUGAUGAUAGUGGCCACUUACCAUUGCCUGUGAUGGGGCACUUGCUCCCUCAGGGUGGUGCUGCUCAUCGCCGAUCAGCGUACACACUGGAAACUGCCACCACCAAAUGCCAUGAGAAGAUGCUGGUGAAGGACAUCUAUUUUUACUCAUGUGUAUUUGACCUACUCACCACUGGUGAUGCUAACUUCACGGCUGCUGCUCACAGUGCCUUGCAGGAUGUGGAGGCACUGCACCCCAGAAAAGAGCACUGGCAUAUCUUUCCCAGUGGUGGAGGUGGUGGUGUGGGCAAGGGUAACAAAUUCUUUGUUGGGCUUGGACUCAUGUGCUUGAUCCUUGUUGCUUUUUUUUAGU